AAUCACACAUUGGCUGGCUCGCGGCCGAAUAAGGCGUGUGUUCAUCAAUCUUUUACCCAGGAAACGGCAGGUAAUUGGUUCCAAAGUUCAAGGGUGACACCGCCAAGAAGCACAGUAGAAGGGCGACAAGUGACAGGAACGGGUGACACUGAAGUGUCAAGGUGAAAUCGGACGGCCACAUUGAAAGACGAGACUAACAAUGGCAGACCGCACAAGUCCUAAAGGCAGCACCGGAGACUUUGCCAAAAAAGUCCAAAAACAGCUGUCCAGAGGCAAAGAAAAGGUAAUGCAGAAGCUUGGGAAGUCAGAAGAGACCAGGGACGAUCAAUUUGAACAAUAUGUGCUACAGUUCAAUGACCAACAGUAUGAUGGCAACAGAAUGUACAAAGACCUGAGGAACUACAUAGAAGCAGUCAGAGACAUGCGAGAAGCCUCAAGACGCCUUGCGCAGUCUUUGUUCGAUGUUUACGAAAGCGACUGGGUGGGACAAGAAGACAUUGGAGCCAUAGUGGAGGGGGAGGAUCUUCUCUGGAAUGACCACGAGGUGAAGCUAUUGGACCAAGCCGUUCGGACCAUGGAGUCCUAUGUGGGUCAGUUCCCAGAUGUCAGAGAGAAAGUCUCCAAGAGGGCGAGGAAACUGGUGGACUACGACUCAUCCCGUCACCACCUGGAGGCCCUGCAGAUGGCGAAGAAACGAGAUGACAUCAAGAUCAGCAAGGCUGAAGAGGUGACGAACGGUGCCAAACGUAUCUACGAAAGAAUCAAUAAUGAGCUCAAAGAGGAGCUCCCUGUGCUGCAUGAAAGCCGCAUCGGAUGUUACGUGACGGUCUUCUCUGCUGUAUCAAGUUUACGAGACAUCUUCUACAAGGAAAUGAGAACGCUCAACAUAGAUCUGCACAAUGUGGUGAAGGAACUGCAGGCCCAGCAUCCAGACAAAGUGUUUGCAAUCAAGGGAAUUCAAAGGUAUGGCUCCUUGAGGAGACGAACCCUAAUGUCCCCCAAGGCUUGGAAGAGCAGUUUCUCAGAGUUCCACAGGAGCUACAGUCCAAAAGUUGGCCAGAGAUUUAGCUUCAGGUCCCCGGACAAACCUCGCCACAGCACUCUGUCCAGAGAGAGCAGCGCCGUCGCAGUCUCACCGCUGUCACCUCCUCCGGAGAGCACCACUGAGUCGAGGGGGUCGAGCCGCAUUGAGAUCCAUGACCCUUGCGUGCAAGAGGAUUCUGAGAAGAAGCCCGAGUCAGUAAAAGAAAACACAAAUCUGGAUGAUGAGGAGGAGGGUUUGAAGACAGAAGAGUCUGAAGCGAAGAGUUCCGCACAAGUGGAUAAGAAGCAAGAAGACGCUUCGCCGAGCGAGAGCAGCGGUGAGCUGAAUAACUCGUGCGACUCUGACAGUUUGGAGCUCCAGCUGACCGGAGGAGACGACGGUACACUGCAUGUUGACGACGUAGAGAACAGCCACGACGCUCCGAAGGCCAACGGACUAGAGAAUGGGGACGUUCCGUCAUUGAACACUGAGGAAGUGGACAAGGUGACUUCUGCAAACUCCAAGAGUACGGAUGUCUAACAAAUCCACUCUCUGUGCCUCAAGCUCAAGGGGAUGGAAGACGGAAGCCAGCAGCUGCAGAGGAGGGAGGAACAAGACUGCAUGCAUCUGUUGUUGUCCAACACCUUCCCACAUUCUCAGCAUAUUUUUAUUUUUAUUUUUAGUCCACUUUUAUAUACAAAGCGCAUAAACACAAUCAGGGCGUGUAAUAUUUUAGUACAAAGGCAUUUGUUAAUGCAUAAUUCCACACAUACUUAACUGAUGCUGUAAGUAGUUUAUUGUGAAAUGAACUCUGCCAAUUUUCAUUUAUGGCCAUAGGGAUGAGCAUAAUCAUCGCUGAAUUGUAUAAUUAAAAUGAGGCAUGAAUUGAGGCAAAAUGGAAUGUCCUAUGGCUGUAGCAUGAGCGGUCAGCAUGUCUGCCUCACAGUUGGGGUGCCAUCGGUUCAAAUUUCAUCUCUGGGCAUCUGUGUGCGUUUGCACGUUCACUCCGUGCUUGUGUAGGCAUUCUCCAAGUUCCUAAGCUUCCUCCCAAAUAUGAACAAUUAGUUAUCAAUUAGUCAUAAUUAUUUAUUAAGUUGAAUGCCUACCUCUGUAAUAAUUAUCUUAACAAUGCAUCAUCUACUUUCUCUUUGUCGUAACCCACAUUAGAUUAGAUUGAAAUAAUUUAUUGUGGCCAAAAAGCAAUUCACGUACUGUCAAAAUAGCUCUGAUUGCGUAAUAAAUCAGCAUUAAACACGU